AUCAUGGCGGACGCCUUUGGUGAUGGAUUGUUCAGCGUGUUUGACGAUGAUCAACCAACUACUACAAGCAAAAAAGCACCAUCCUCUGCAGCUCCUGAAAUAGGAAAAUCUAUAAGUAAAAAUGGAUCUGAUAGGGAUGCUGGUCCUUCUGCUCGAGGCAAGAGGGAGGCAGACAGUGAUGGUGGAGAGGAGGUGAUGCUUGGGAAGAAGGCUCGGCAUGAGGCAGCCUCUUCUAAUGACCUGAAUCUUGCAGAGUUUAUGCCCCAAGUCAAAGUAGAGCCAGUUGAGACGGUGGAAGGAUGCUCCCAUGAGGUUGCUCUGCCUUCAUAUGAAGAAUAUAAACCUCUCAAACCUAGAGUGGGAAAGGCAGCUAAGGAGUAUCCUUUUGUUCUUGACCCUUUCCAGCGUGAGGCCAUCCUGUGUAUUGAUAAUAACCAGUCUGUGCUUGUGUCUGCACACACGUCUGCUGGCAAAACUGUUUGUGCUGAAUAUGCCAUAGCCCUGGCCCUCAGAGAAAAGCAGAGGGUGAUCUUCACCAGCCCCAUCAAAGCCCUGUCCAAUCAGAAAUACAGGGAGAUGUAUGAAGAGUUCCAGGACGUAGGACUGAUGACUGGAGAUGUGACCAUCAACCCCACCGCCUCCUGCCUCGUCAUGACAACAGAGAUCUUGAGGAGCAUGCUUUACCGAGGCUCUGAAAUCAUGAGGGAAGUAGCGUGGGUCAUAUUUGACGAGAUUCACUACAUGAGAGAUGCAGAGCGUGGUGUGGUGUGGGAGGAGACCAUCAUUCUUCUUCCUGACAACGUGCAUUAUGUAUUCUUGUCCGCCACCAUCCCCAAUGCCAGACAGUUUGCUGAAUGGAUUUGCCACCUACAUAAGCAGCCUUGCCAUGUAGUGUACACAGACUACCGUCCCACUCCACUGCAACAUUAUAUAUUUCCAGCAGGGGGCGAUGGACUCCAUCUGGUAGUGGAUGAGAAUGGAGACUUCAGAGAAGACAAUUUCAACACAGCUAUGCAGGUCCUGCGAGACGCUGGGGAUUCUGGGAGCAGCAGUGGAGGCAAGUGGGAUCCGAGAGGACGGAAAGGAGGCACUAAAGGUCCAUCCAGUGUGUUCAAAAUAGUCAAAAUGAUCAUGGAGAGGAACUUCCAGCCCGUCAUCAUUUUCAGCUUCAGUAAAAAAGAGUGUGAGGCCUACGCUCUGCAAGUGGCCAAACUGGACUUCAACAGAGAUGAGGAGAAACGUCUGGUGGAAGAAGUGUUCAACAACGCAGUGGACUGUCUGUCAGAUGAAGACAAGAAACUCCCUCAGGUGGAGCACGUGCUGCCACUGUUGAAGAGAGGAAUAGGAAUCCAUCAUGGAGGUCUCCUUCCUAUUCUGAAAGAGACUAUUGAGAUCCUUUUCUCUGAAGGUCUACUGAAGGCCCUUUUUGCCACAGAGACAUUCGCCAUGGGAAUCAACAUGCCCGCUCGCACUGUGCUCUUCACCAGCGCACGGAAGUUUGAUGGCAAGAAUCACCGCUUUAUUACAUCAGGUGAGUACAUCCAGAUGUCUGGCCGUGCUGGAAGGAGAGGAAUGGACGACAGAGGAAUAGUUAUUUUCAUGGUGGACGAGAAAAUGAGUCCAGCUGUGGGCAAACAGCUACUUAAGGGUUCUGCAGACCCUUUAAAUAGUGCCUUCCAUCUGACCUAUAACAUGGUGCUCAACCUGCUGCGUGUGGAGGAGAUCAACCCUGAGUACAUGCUGGAGAAGUCUUUCUACCAGUUCCAGCACUACAGGGCUUUACCCGGCGUGGUGGAAAAAAUCAAGAAGUUGGAGGAGCAGUACCACAAGAUUGACAUUCCCAAUGAAGAGAGCGUUGUUACCUACUUUAAAAUCAGGCAGCAGCUGGCCAAGCUGGGCAAAGACAUCCAGGAGUUCAUCCACAAACCCAAACACUGCCUGCCCUUCUUACAGCCCGGUCGACUCGUCAAGGUGAAAAAUGAAGACGCUGACUUCGGCUGGGGAGUGGUUGUAAACUUUUGCAAGAAGGCUAACGUGAAGUCGGGUUCGGACUCUGAGCCGCUGUACGUGGUGGAGGUUUUGGUUCACUGCAGUAAGGAGAGUGUGAAAGAUGCUGCGACGGAGGCAGCGAAACCUGCUGCUCCAGGGGAGGCCGGAGAGAUGCAAGUGGUCCCAGUCAUGCUCCACCUCCUGACCUCCAUCAGCUCAGUUCGACUUUAUAUCCCCAAAGAUCUGCGACCCUUUGACAACAGACAGCUCAUGCUCAAAUCUAUACAGGAGGUGCAGAAGCGUUUUCCAGAUGGAGUUCCUCUGCUCGACCCCGUAGACGACAUGGGCAUCAAAGACCCAGGGUUGAAGAAAGUCAUUCAGAAAGUGGAGGCCUUUGAGCAUCGCAUGUACUCCCACCCCCUGCACAGUGACCCCAACCUGGAAGCAGUCUAUUCCCUUUGUGAGAAGAAAGCUCUGAUCGCAGCGGACAUCCGAACGGCCAGGCGGGAGCUGAAGAAGGCGCGGACCGUUCUGCAGAUGGACAAGCUCAAGUGCAGGAAGAGAGUCCUGCGGCGCCUCGGCUUCGCCAGCCCUUCGGACGUCAUCGAAAUGAAAGGACGCGUCGCCUGUGAGAUCAGCAGCGCCGAUGAGCUGCUGUUGACAGAAAUGGUCUUCAACGGCCUCUUCAACGAUCUGACCGUGGAACAAGCCACCGCCCUGUUGUCCUGCUUUGUCUUCCAAGAGAACGCCAAUGAGAUGCCAAAACUGACAGAACAACUAGCAGCACCGUUGAGACAAAUGCAGGAGUGUGCGAAGCGCAUAGCGAAGGUUUCUGCCGACGCUAAGGUGGAGGUGGACGAGGAGACCUACCUGAACCAGUUCAAACCUCACCUGAUGGACGUGGUCUACGCCUGGGCGAACGGCGCCACCUUCGCUCAGAUCUGUAAGAUGACCGACGUGUUCGAAGGAAGCAUCAUCCGCUGCAUGCGUCGCCUGGAGGAGGUGCUCAGACAGAUGUGUUCCGCCGCCAAAGCCAUCGGCAACACUGAACUGGAGAACAAAUUCGCUGAAGGAAUCACAAAGAUCAAGAGGGACAUCGUGUUCGCUGCCAGUCUGUACCUUUAGUGACCGCACAGCCUUGGACAGUGGACACUAUCUGAUGAAGAGGAAAGUCCUUAACCCCUUCAGCGCUGUUGGUGUACUGUUACGAUCCAUCAUUUUGUCAUGACCAUAAUGUUAGUUUUUGCGUGUUCAUACAAAACGCUCUAUUGUUUGAAUCCUGUUGACAGAACUGGAACCAUUAGCUUCGUUGUUUUUGCAGGUAUGUCAUGGACGCACAUUUAGUUUUCAGUCUCUAUGCAAAUACAAGGAAAUACAGACGUAAACUGCAUCCACAGGCAAAUGUCAGUACAUGGUGUGACCUGUUUCCAUAACCGAAGUAUCCCAAGUAAAACACAGGAGAUACACAGGACAAAAAACAUGCUAGGUGCAAAGCAGGUCACACUAAAUACUAGGAAUUUUCGUUGAUGUAUUUGUAUUUUCUAGUUGUAUGUCAAUGCAGAAGCAGAGAAAUGCACGCGUACGCUCAUUAUAACCUGGAUAAAACAGCCGACCUAAUGCUGCUCAGUACUGUUCUGUCAUCUUCCGUGCGGUUUACAGUCGGUACAUUAUAAUUUGUUAGAGGAAGUAAACUCAAUAUUCGUUCCUGUUCUUGUUCAGAUGAAUGCAUCUGUGUUGCCAGUUUUAUUUUUUUCCAAUAUUGCAUGAAUAAUCCAAAAUAUGAUAAAGAAGUGUAGAACACAAGUCAUGCUUUAAUUCAAACACUCAUGACAGAAUACACUCAACAGUCGCGUUCCGUUUGUGUUCAUGUUAAUACGUAAAAUGGCUUUAUUUUUUUCUUAUUUUAGACAUUUGUACAUAUUUGUAACAUUUUUUUUUUCAAUAAACGUCUGUAUGGCGAUGUUUUUACAUACA